UCAUUAGUAUUAGUAUUAUUAGUGAAGAGGAGAGGAAUGCGUUUAGUUUUUUAGUAAACAUUUAGCGCUAGAAAUUAAUUCAAACGUAGAUUUGGUGUAAUCCCGCAGUACCCUUAAACAACAACAGCAUGAAAUUUCGCUUUUGUGGAGAAGGCGAUUGUCCCGAUUGGGUUCUAGCUGAAAUCAUCUCAACAUUAUCCAACUUAAGUGUGAGUAAUUUGGAGGAAUUGGCUGAGCUGGUGGCCAAGCGCAUAAGUGGACAUGAAUUUGAAGAAUCAAAAAUCCGAGCUCUAACGUCGUCUGUUAGUAAUGAUGGUAAAACCGCCGUAGCCUGCCUGCACUUUAUGCUCGUGAAUGCCGCUCGCUACAGCUGUAGCGAAGCAGUUUUCGGCGAGGAAAUACAACAGCUGGGACUGCCCAAGGAUCAUGCGGCGGCCAUGUGUCGGGUGCUUGAAAAGCAUUCCGUAAGCAUACGAGAAAAGCUACAGACCAAAGCAUUUAAAAUUAAUGAGCUGCAGAGUGUUCGCAACGUAACCUCGCAAGAUAGCACACCAUCGGAUUGCUUUACUUUGGAACUAAAAAUCUCGCAAGAAUUAGUCGAUGGACUGCCCCAAGAUACCACUCAUACAUUGAAUAUUGAACGCGCACAAUUAAAGGCGCUACUAGAGGAGAUGAAAGUGGCGAGAGACUUGAUGGAGAAAUAUGAGAAUAAAGAAGCGGAGGAAAAAGAGUAGCACUUAAGUUGAUAUGAAAGCUUGUCUUUUAGCAAAGAGAAAAUAUCGGAAAUCACGCGGAAAAUAGGACACAAUUCAUCAAAGAGUGCAGUCACAUUCUUGGUGUCAAUUCAGUUAGUCUGGAGUUGACCUACAACUGGAACCAUCAUUCAUUUAACGUUGCCAGAAUUAAACAUAGGACCACUUUUGGAAAUGAUGAUGCAUUAUUUUUUUAUGAACGUAUGUGAAGAGAACUAUAGUCAGAAGGAUUUAUUGUGAUUGUGUGGUGUUUGAAUCGAGAAUAAGCCUCAAGAUUUCUUCAAUCAACAUUCAAUUUCAAAUUUUGGAUCUAAAGCUUGUCUUUUACCGAAGAGAAAAUAUCGGAAAUCACGCGGGAAUGGGACACAAUUAAUCAUUCUUGGUGUAUAUUUAGUAAGCCUGAAGUUAACCUACAACUCGAACCAUCAUUCGUUUAACGUUGCCAGAAUUAAACAUAGGACCACUUUCGGAAA